AUGGCUAAAAUGUCGGCAAGGGAGAAGGGUAGCAUUUCUAAUAUGAUAGCUGCUAUUGAUUUCGGUACCACCUACUCAGGGUAUGCCUUUGGUUUUAAAAAUGAAUUGGACGAAGAUCCGACACAAGUGUUCUGUUUCCAGUGGCAUGGUAAUGGGGGCAUCAUGUCUCUCAAACUCCCCACCACCGUUCUACUGAAUGAGGAGAAAGAGCUGGUCGCCUUUGGAUACGAGGCAGAAGAGAUGUAUUCAGGAGAAGAACACUUAGAUUAUUUCUACUUCCACAGAUUCAAAAUGAUGCUUUACGAUCAAAUUCGAAAAGAGAGACUUACGAUGGACGCAAAGGUGAAAGACAUCCGAGGCAGAGAGAUGCCGGCUUUGGAGAUAUUCACUCAUGCUGUAAAAUUCAUGAAAAAUCACUUAUUCAAAAAUCUGGAAGGGCGUGGUAUCAAAGUAGAUGACUUCAAAAUCAUCUGGGUGUUAACUGUUCCCGCUAUAUGGGACGAUCCCGCCAAACAGUUCAUGAGAAAAGCCGCCGAACAGGCAGGUAUUCCCAGGAAGGAUCUGCGGAUUGCAUUGGAACCCGAGGCAGCUUCUAUUUGGUGCAAGACAAUUCCAGUAGAGAAACUGAACCAAGGGGCUAUUGUAUCAUUUCAAGAAGGCACGAAAUAUCUUGUGCUGGACGCAGGGGGUGGAACGGUUGAUAUUACUAUACACGAGGUUAUAAAAGAAGGAAAGUUAAAGGAGUUAGCGAGAGCCAGCGGUGGAGACUGGGGAGGGAUAAGUGUAGACGCCGCAUUUGAGGAGGCACUAGUGGAAAUAGUAGGGAAGGAUUUGAUGGACACGUUCCGCAAACACCACACCGUGGACUAUUUAGAACUAUUUAGAAACUUUGAAUUGAAAAAAAGGUCGAAAAAGGAGAGUGACGAUGUUAUUUUAUAUGUACCUGUCAGUUUCGUUGAUAUUUGCGAAGAUUUAGACGAACUUAUUGCGGGAUCUAAAUUUCAAGGAAGCAUGGAGCUGGAGCUUGACAAAUUAAGAAUAAAAGCAUCAACAUUUGACAGCUUUUUCACACCAACUUGCCGGAGAGUGGUAAAACAUGUACAGAACCUUCUCCAGUCGUCUAAAGCAGAGGGCGUCGAAUUCAUUCUCAUGGUUGGGGGAUUUUCAGAGUCGCCUGUCUUGCAGGAUGCAAUCAAAGAUGCCUUUAGUCCAAAAUAUCGCGUUGUUAUCCCACAGGAGGCUGGAUUGACUGUUCUUCGAGGAGCAGUCCUCUUUGGAAAUGAUCCCGAAGUCAUUGAUUGUCGAAUAGCUCAAAGAACGUACGGGAUAGCAACCACCUCAUUGUUUGAUUCCAAAAUUCACAAAGCAUCGAAAAAGAUCACAGUAAAUGGAGAAGACAGAUGUGAUGAUUUGUUCAGCAGGCACGUGAGGAAGGACGACGAACUCUAUCUGAAUGUAGCCCAGGCUGAGAAGACAUACACACCAAUAAAAGCCGACCAGACGAGUAUGAGGAUCUCCCUGUAUAAAUCGAACAAUGACAACACAAUGUACGUAGAUGACUCAGGGUGCGAGUAUCUGGGAGGGUUUGAUGUUCCAAUGACGGACACCACCGGAGGUUUAAACCGAGAAGUUAAAGUGAGGCUGUUGUUCGGGGAUACAGAGAUUGAAGUCAAAUGUCUGGUUGUUAAAACGAAAACCGAGGUAUCCGACCACUUCCGUUUCCUAGAAUCUGAGCCUUGAGGCAGCAAACAGUUUCGUAAAAAGUACCGGGUCAAUGAUUUUGUGAAUUUUAAAACUGUUGUGUUAAUAUCUUGUAAGUAUAACUUGAACUCAUGAA